GUUGCGCAUCGGAUACACGAUUGGCGGUAGGGCACUUGCUCGUCUUCCCCGCGAAGUGGAUUUUUUUAGAUUUUUUUAAAUUUAUUGUCUUGUUAUCACAUAAUUGGUCCCCCAUGGCUAUUGUGCGUGGUGUAGUAGAUUGGUACACUAACCUCAUGGCCGCCGGAGACUCCAGAGUCCAGAACUGGAUGUUUAUGGGUGGACCUGGACCAACGAUAACAAUAUGCACCUUUUAUGUCCUCUUCGUGAAGUGGAUUGGUCCCUUUCUGAUGCGAAACAGGCCGCCUUUGAACAUCAGAUGGUUAAUGAUAUUCUACAACUCUGCAAUGGUUGUAAUCAGCACGUAUAUUUUUCUCGAGCUAGGAUUUUUAGGCUGGUUUCAGAAAUACAACUGGAAAUGCCAACCAGUGGACUACACUGCAAAUCCAGAUGCAACAGCUAUGGCACACUUAGCUUGGUGGUACUACUUAACGAAGUUCUUAGAGUUCACAGAUACAAUUUUCUUUGUUUUAAGGAAGAAAUUUACUCACAUCUCUACUCUUCACGUCAUACACCACGGCAUCAUGCCAAUGAGUGUCUGGUGGGGUGUCAAGUUUACUCCUGGUGGUCACAGUACAUUUUUCGCAUUCGUCAACUGCUUAGUUCACAUUGUCAUGUAUUUCUACUAUGCCUUAGCAGCUAUUGGACCUAGUAUGAACAAAUAUUUAUGGUGGAAAAAGUACAUGACUGCUUUCCAAAUGGUACAAUUCAUUGCCAUUUUCGUGCACUCAUUCCAACUUCUCUUCCGAGAAUGCAACUAUCCUCGAGGAUUCAUGUGGUGGAUUGGCUUUCAUGCCGUCUUGUUCUGGUUCUUGUUUGCCGACUUCUACAAGAACGCUUACGGCAAGAAGAAACUGGCUGCAGCUAAAUUGAAAGAAUCCCUAAAUGGCUCUGCAGCUUACAUGAAUGGAGAGAGCAAGAGCAACGGAAUCAUCUCGAAUGGCUACAGCAACGGAAAACAGAACGGAAUAUGCAAACAAAAUGGUGUCGGGAAUGGAAUGAACGGUUCAAAUGGUUAUCAUAAACCCACAGAAAACGGUGUAAAAAAUGGAGUUUCAAACGGUCAUUCCAACGGAAUUGUCCACAGGACGACAGCCAAAAGUGAACAUGAAAACUAAUAUUCCUAAAUUGUACAGUGUCCAGCGGACUCGAGUCCAAACUAUCGCCAAAAGGUUUAGCAUCAUGCCGCUCAGUUACAGUGCCUUAAUUUAGAACUGUUUUAUUUUCUGUGUCAUGAACUCCGGCAAUUUUUGCCAAAUUCAAGUUAUUUAAGCUUUAGUAGCAUACGCAUUGCGAAACAGACUCGGUUCCGGCUUGUAUAUACCGCGCUGUUUGUGCUAAACCUAAAGUGAAGCGGUGAGAUGUAAAUUUCAGCAAUUGUGGUUUUAUAAGCAGAUGUUGAUACUUCGAUUCAACGCGUAUGAAGAACUUUAUCUGCCGUUGAAAAAAACUUUUAUUGAAUGUUCAUACGUACCCGAGUGAAGUGUCACAAAUUAAAUUUUGGUCAUAUGUUGAGCACCAUGUCAUUUUUACUACUUUACCCGCAGAUUGAAAUAUUGAAAUCUGAUCUUUAUCUCGGUGCAACUGCUGCCAGUCCUGUAAACCUAAGUUAAAAAGCUAGAAAAUGUUCCUCUAGAUGUUCAAGAGGUGGUCUCUGUUAGCGUUGCUACACAUAGUGCCUUUAUCACUUUGUACAACUAGUAGACAUUUUUCAGCUAGUCCUUCAUUGUACUGUCAUUGAUGUCAUUAACUUAUUUGUACAAUUUUUACAUUAACAGCAGUAGGAGCUAGAUUUUUAACUUUUUACAUUUUCUAACUUGAAAGAUUUUAUAAAAUUUUAAUACUCCUUUAAUUCAUGCUCUAUUGUUCAAACUGGGAAACUUAUCAUUGUCACGAACCUGUUCCCAAAUUUGUACAGCAUUCAGAAAAAACCAAUCGACGCUCACAUUGUUGCUUUUUUGAAGUUAUUUGCUUGUAUUUGCCUAUGGUGUCGAAUAAAACUGUUUAUACUUUGCAUUUUAA